AUGGUCAGUUCAGCGCCUGGAGCUGCCCUCCUCCUUCUCAUUAACCUGGCGGCGCUAGGAGAGGCCGCUCUUCCGUCCCGCCAGAUCUGGUUCGAGGACACGUAUCACAACCAUCUCAAUGCAAGCUACGAUCGGCUCCUGGAGUUGCCCUCCUUGGGCCCAGAGUUCUAUCGCCUGUUUCGGAACAUUUCCGCCUCUGAUCUUCACCUCCUCGAUGGACGGCUCGGCCAACAGGAUCUGGUGUGCCUGGCGGAUAUCACACAAUUCAUGAGAAGCCUGACUUCGCCCAAGAGGUGGGCCCUUGCCAUGCUGGACUCAUGGGGCAACAAGCCCUCGGGCUACUUGAGCGGCAACCGCGUCGAUAUGGGCAACUACGAUGAGUGCCUCCGCGUGGACGGAACUAUCAGCGAGACACACCACAUCAAGGGGAAGUACUGCUUCAUGGAUUUUCCUAUCGCCAAGUGGAUGGGUUUCGACGCAGACAACCUGUCGGCAACCAAUAUAAGAACCGCCAUGUGCCUGCCUUCCUCCUGCUCCGCCGAGACCAUGGAGGUGUUUAUGAAGCAACUUCUACAGCGUCUUCUGGGCAUCGGUGACCUCAACAACUUCUUUUUCAUCAAUGAACAGUCCUGCAAGACCACCGAAAGUGAGCCGCUUGAUGGGCUCACCAUCUUCACUAUUGUGUUACUGUCCAUCUUCUGUGCUGUGGUGACCCUGUGCACUCUCUACGACUACUUCCUGUGCUCGGACCAGGAUAAGCUUCCCCGGUUGGUGAAGGUGUUCUCCGCUCGUGCCACGUCCCGCGAUCUGUUCACCAUCGUGGAUGCCAAGUCAACUCCCAAUGUAAUCCAGUGCCUCAAUGGCAUGCGCUGCAUGUCCCUGAUCUGGGUGAUACUGGGCCACGAGUACACAAUCAAUGCUAUGGCAGCGGCCAUUAACGCGUUGGAUAUCCUUCGAUGGAUGUCAAAGCCCUUCACUAGUUUGAUCCUCUAUGCUCCCUUCUCGGUGGACACGUUCUUCUUUCUCAGUGGUUUUUUGCUCGUGGUAAUUGGACUGCGAGCUCUGGAAAAGAGCAAGGGAAGGCUGAAUGUGCCCCUGAUGUAUGUGCACCGAUAUCUGCGCCUCACUCCGAUCGUGGCCCUGGCCAUCCUCGUCUAUAUGAAGAUGCUGCCUCUGCUUGCCGCCGGUCCAAUGUACGAUAAUGCUGGCUUCUUUGACUACUCUGUGUGCAAAAAGACCUGGUACUGGACAUUGCUCUAUGUGCAAAACUAUGCCACCACAGACCUAUGCCUUGGACACACCUGGUAUCUGGCCGUGGACAUGCAGCUGUAUCUCCUGGCGCCCAUUCUGCUGAUCGUGCUCUACAAGUGGGGCAAGAAAGGUGCAGCAGCCAUCCUGUUGGUCAUGCUCCUACUCUCCGCCUGCCUCUUUGCCACCAUUAUAACCAAUGACUACAAAAUUCUCUUCAAGAAUGGUGGUCAGGUUCCGGAUGUGGCUAAAAAGAUAUAUUCUGCCACACACAUCCAUGCAGCUCCCUGGUUAGUGGGGACUCUGUUCGGCUACUUCAUGCACCUUGUCCGUGGCAAGCAUUUCCGCCUCAACCGGCUGGCGGUGUGGACCGGAUGGCUACUCUGUCUGGCCAUGAUGUUCACCUCGCUCUUUGCCAUGUUUCCGUAUGCGAAGCUGCGAGGACCAUCGCCCACGGUGCUGGAGGGAGCUUUCUACUAUACCUUGACUAGAAUAGGCUGGCCUCUGGCCCUGUGCUGGGUAGUUUUCGCCUGCGUCCAGGGAUACGGCGGCCUCGCCAACAGUUUCCUUUCUUCGCCACUGUGGCAGCCUCUGUCCAGGCUGUCCUACUCCGCCUAUGUUUGGCACAUUUUUAUCCAGGAGGUGAACCACAGGCGCGUGCGAUCGAAUACUUACUUCUCGGACUAUGAUGUGAUGUGCUCCUUCUGGGCCACUUUUGGCUUCACCCUCGUGAUGUCUUAUGUGAUGUAUAUUGCCGUCGAAGGGCCACUGGGAGGCCUUGAGGGACUUCUCCUGCCCAGUCGAAGGAGCCCUGUGAAGCAGGUACCUUCCCCAGCUCAGGCCAAGACGGAGGAGUUCCCCGAGGAGCAGAAAGAGCCAGAGCUCCCAGAAUUCUGCCAGACUGAAGAUGCGGAAGCGAAUGCGCCAAAGGCAGCAGAGGAAAAGUCGUUGUAG